AUGGAGUCAACGCCAUUGACGAACGAGGCCUGCGGUCAUCCCACGUCCAAGAAAGAGACGGUUCUUUUGGGAGCAGCAUCAAUCACUCAGGACUUCAAGCCGCUUAAAAAUAUCUGUGCUCAUCUGAAUGCCUUCCACGCCUACGCAGAUGAUCCCAGUCGAUCGGUUGAAGCAGAUCACUUCUGCAGCCAGAUCAACAGUGAUGUUCGGCAGUGUCUCCUGUACGACUCCCCCGAUAGCAACGCAAAGCUUAUCGGCAUAGAGUAUAUGAUCACACCGCGUCUCUUUGCGUCCUUACCACCCGAUGAGCGUUGCCUGUGGCAUUCGCACGUCUACGAAGUCAAGUCUGGCAUGCUAGUCAUGCCAAAUCGCCUAGUGCCACAGACGGCGUGGGAUACGGCAGAAAACAAGGAGAUGGAGGAGAUUAUUACUUUAUAUGGGAAAACAUAUCAUCUGUGGCAAACGGAUAGAGGGGACAAGUUGCCACUUGGGGAACCAAAGUUGAUGACUAGUUAUACGUGUGAUGGGCAGCUGGACUUUGCCAAGGUGGAAGAGAGAGAUAAAAGACUCGGAACUAACUACAGAGAGAAGAAGGACAAAAGACGGGAAAUUCCUAUCCCUGAAAUACACAAAGGCAAGUUCACGUCUGUAAAGCUUGCAAAUUCGGUAUAA